UGGGAAGGACACAAGGAAGGAAGAACAUCAGCAAAAAAGGAAAGAAGGGCACAGGAAAAGAAAGAAGGAAAGGGAAAAAGGAAUGAAGGAAAGAGGAGAUAAUUAAAAAUAUGGAUAAAGGAAGGAAGACUGGACAUGUUGAAGGAUAGAAUGAAAGAUGGAAAAAAGAGAAAAAGUAUCUGAGGAAGGGAGGAAGGACACAGCGAAUGAAGGACGAAUGGAAGGACAAAAUUUAGAUGAUGAAAGUCUGGAAAUACUCUAAAUUACUUUAACUGCUCCACACUUCUCCAGGCUCUGUUAGAAUUUGGAAGCAAAUUAAACAGUAAUAAAUUAUUUUUUAUGUCAUGUUUAUUUAAACAAUCGCUCCUUUGUGUUGUUUUAAUUUUUUACAGCAAGAUGUUGAGAAGUUUACAGACAUCGAAAAGCUCUACCUCUACCUUAAGUUGCCUUCUGGUCCCAGCAGUGGCAAUGAUAAAAGGUAGGAAACACAACAAACUAAAGUUUAACGCUUUGCUUCUUCCUCACAGGAAAUCCUUUUUAUUCAUUUCUUUUACAUUUUUGAACUGUGUGUCACUUCUGCCAGCUAUUAAAAUCCCUGUUCGCUGGCUAAAAUCAAGCUGAACAAGUCUAAUGGCAGCUUUAUUUCCUAUUCGCCACAUUUAUUUUUUUACCUUUUUUGCUGCAUCAUUUUUGAUUAUCAGUAUGAACCAAAACACUGAAAUAUCUCUAGAUUCCUGCUCUAUACCUAGCUGUCUGUGUGUCAUUUGUUUCCCCAUAUCUAUUCAUCACCCCGACCCCCAAAUUCUGCCCAUUUGGACUGGGAAUGAGAGGGGGUCCUCUACUGCUGCAUUAUGUGAUCAGAGUUCCAUGUCGUCGAGCCGUACUCAACAGAUGUAUGCGUUCAACUGGAUACGCAAUCACCUGGAAGAGCACCCGGAGACGUCCCUCCCCAAGCAAGAGGUGUACGACGAAUACAAGAGCUAUUGUGACAAUCUUGGCUACAAUCCACUGAGUGCAGCAGACUUUGGGAAGAUCAUGAAGAAUGUCUUUCCCAACAUGAAGGCCCGUCGUCUGGGCAUGAGGGGAAAAUCCAAAUACUGCUACAGCGGGUUAAGAAAGAAAGCUUUUGUUCACAUGCCAUCCCUACCCAACCUGGAUCUGCAGAAAUCUGGUGACGGGUGUGAGCUGAUGGAGUCAACCGGUCAGUCUCCCAGCGCCGAGGAUGAGAUGAGAUCCGCGGCCUGUGGGCUGGUGUGUGAGUGGGCUCAGAAGGUGCUCAGCCGUCAGUUUGACAGCGUGGAGGACCUGGCUCGCUUCCUGCUCAACAGUCACUACAUUGGUACAAAGUCCAUGGCUGCUCUCACUGUUAUGACUGGAACACCCACAGGAAUGAAGACCCCAACUCCAUCCUCUGCAUUUGUUCCCACUGCUGAGGCAAACUCUUUCCAGCCCCAAGUGAAGACCCUGGCAUCGCCCUCUGUUGACGCAAAGCAGCAACUGCAGCGCAAAAUCCAGAAGAAGCAGCAAGAGCAGAAGCUUCACUCACCACUGCCCAGUGAGACCCAGGUGAAGCGGACAGAGGCCAGUACUCCCGGACCCACCAUCCCCUGUGGCAGUCCUGCUCUGCUGUCCCCUCAGCCAACCAUAGGAAUCGUAGUGGCAGCCGUCCCCAGCCCAGUCCCGGUACAGAGAAACAGGCAGUUGAUGACCUCACCGAGCCCUGUGGGGACAGCGGAAGGAAAAGUGUUGCCUGUAAACUUCCAGGUUGUCACUCAGUCUCUCAAACAGUCUCCCAAAACACCCCAGAAUGUCCCAGCAAGUCCCGUGGGAGACAGACUGGCACGACAUGGCACACGGUACGCCCAAAUCCUUCCGAAGCCCUCUGCCACGAGUGCCAUAACCCUGCGCUCUCCACCCACGCUGCUCAUCACCAACAGCCCCAUAAAGACCGUGAUGCCGUCUCCCCACGUCAGCUCUGUCAACGUGGUGAAGAUGACGGCUAUUGCUCUGGCCCCCAGCAGCAGCAGUAACAGCAGUGUGCGACCAGCUUCUGCCGGUGUGAGCGUUGCAGCUGCUUUGGACGAUUCCCAGCUGUCCCAGAGCGGGAAUUCGGCAGCUCCCCAGUCUCCUGCAGUGAAACCUGCUGCAACAUUGACCCCAACCCUCUCUGUGGACGCCAAAGGGUUGUCUGACGCUGGAAGUGACAAUAAUUCCUUGUCUGGGGCAGAGAAACAUGUAGGAGGAGCCAAAGAGGAGAAGAUGGUAAAAUUCAGAGCUGCAAGUGAGCCAAGCUUUUUGGUUAAAUGUUCCCCAGGACCAGAGAAAGGGUUGCGGACAAAGAGUGACUCUGCCUCUCCUCCCAGCUCUACAUCUGGGACUCAGGACAGCAAUAACAGUAACUGCCAUGACAGUACUUUGUACUUGACUGUUGAUAAUCAGAACUUCAAUGGCAACACGUCGUCCAACGGCUCGUCUGCUGUUACUCUCACAUCUAAGGAUGCGUGCCUAGAUGCCAAGAGCCCCAGGAAGCGUGCAGCGGGGGAAUCCCACGUUAUUCCUGUCAAGAGGGUGUUUAUCUCCCAGCAACCGGUUGCUGUCAUUGACAAUCCCAAACCUGGGUUGAACACUGCAAUGAAGAGAAUUCCCAGACCAGGAACCCCUGCGAGACCAGAGAGUGCCCCCUGCAAAGGGAUUGCCAAACACACGGCGUUGGGGACAACACAGAUCCUUGCACUUACAGACGCACCUCUCACGCACACCGAGGGAACGCAGACUGCCGCGAAACAGCAAGAUUCAAAACACGAGGACCAUUCCAUCGCUGUGGAUCCCUCUGCUGGACCAGCAGGAAGCAACGCAUCCGACCACACGCUGCUGCAGCAGAUCACCGGGGACCCUCGUGCCGUUACGGCCAACUCAGGACCACACGAAGCCUCUGUGAGCGAUUUAAAGAGCACAAUAUGGGAGCCUCAGCAGAUACCAGCAGAACACAAACAGGCUCCCACUGACCAGCUCUCCAUGAUGGCUCAACCGUCCGAUGCCUCGGGCCAGCUCACCCUCACACAGAUGGUCGACUUUGCCAGUUCUCAGCCGAACAUGGACUACUUCUCGUUCAACGAUGACGACAUGACGCAGGAUAGCAUUGUGGAGGAGCUGGUCCAGAUGGAGGAGCAGAUGAAGCUGAAGGGCCUCUUUGGAAACUGUGUUGACGUGUCCGGGUUGCAGAGUCAGUCAGCCGGCAGUCAGGGCUCUAUCCUUGCCGCCCAUCAAACCAGUUCGACCUUCUACCACUCGACUCACAGCAGCACCACCCCGGUUCAGACCCCCACCCCGACUCCGACACCCACCCCGACGCCAACUCCCACUUCUGAGAUGACGCUCGCACACAGCCUGACCCGAGAGAGCCCCUGCUCCCGAAUGGCUCCCGUCACCCCCAUAGAUGGAGCAAUGGGCCGGCACACCCCAAUUAGCACGCCGCUCUCCAACUGCAGCAGCAGCGUGCCGCCGAGCCCCGUGGAGUGCAGGAACCCUUUUGCUUUCACUCCCAUAAAUUCGAGCAUCACGGGAUAUCAUGAUGCGAGCAUCGUCUCCAGCAGCCCUGUCAAACCCAUGCAAAGGCCCAUGGCGACGCACCCUGACAAGGCCAAGCUGGAGUGGAUCAACAACCGUUACAAUAGUAACUCUGCCGGACCUCUGUCUAACCACAGCAUCGGCAUUCUGCCAAGCUACCAAGACCUGGUGGACGAUCAGUUUCGCAAACCUCACGCAUUUGCAAUUCCUGGCCAGUCGUUCCAGUCUCAGGCGAGCCAGGACGGCGCUCAUUUUGGACGCAUUACUCCAAUUUCUCCAGUGCAGCAGCAGCAGCAGCAACAGCAGCAGCAGCAGCAGCAGCAGCAGCAGCAGCAGCAGCAGCAGCAGGCAAGUGGUGUAACGACUCCCACCAAGCAGGAGAGUUUUGCCGUUCCUGCACCACUAGACAACAAGGCUUCAGCCUCAACUUCGUCCAACACUUUCCGCUGCCGCAGCGUUAGUCCUGCUGUGCGGCAGAGGAACUUCAGCGGUAAUACCAACCCUCCAGCCACCACCACGAGUACCACAACAACGACUCAAGCCGUGGUCUCACCCUUUAACUCCCCCAUAACCUCGGAGGUGCUCAGCAUCCUGUCCAACAGACAGACUGUCAGCUCUGUGCACAGCAUGGUGCAGCGCAGCCAGUCUGUACCUCUGAACAUCAUGAUGCAGAGCGAGAUGCUGCCUGUGCAGGGUCAGAGUAACACCGCCAAGAUCACCAGCGUCCUCCUCAGCAAGAUGGAAGCAGACGGAGACGACUCCAUCCGUGGUCUGGGCAUCAACAACCUCCCCUCUAAUUACACGGCCCGCAUGAACCUCACCCAGAUUCUAGAGACGGCUCCGAGCUUCUCGGGAGGAACCGCGUCCCAGAAUCAGCUGCCCGUCAGCUCCAGCCCUGCUGCCUUCGAGCUCCAGCAGCAUGGCUACCUCUCAGCUGGGGACACUCAAGCACAAGCAGGUCCCAGUGAGCAAGACCAGCACCAGCAGCAGCAGCAGCAGGAGGCGGAGGAUGAACAGCAGCAACUCGAUUUCAACAACACUGUCAAGGACUUGCUGGGCGAGGACGGACUCAAUCCCAGCUCCCAACUGGUGGGUCAGGUCGCCUCGGAGCUCAACGCAGUGGCGUCCGACUUCUCCAACGACAUCCGACUGACCUCAGAUCUGUCCAGUAGCAUCACUGACCUUAACACGUUGGACGCCAACUUGCUGUUUGACCCCAAUCAGCAGCAGGAGCAGUAUGAAGACUCAACACUGGAAGAACUAAAGAACGACCCACUUUUCCAGCAGAUAUGCAGUGAUACUGUGAAUUCUGGUUUUGAGUGGCUAGAGAGCAAAGACCAGCCUACUACCGUGGAGAUGCUGGGUUAACGUUCUCUUCUACUCUGUAUGAUUUAUGUUCUCUGUUUGUUCAGUUUGGUGCACAUGUAAUAUAUCUGUUUUUAACCCAUAGUUUGUCGGAGUUUGUCUGGACUUUGGCCGUUUGUUCUGUUCAAAGUGCCAUGCUUACCAGAGCAAUCUCCCGCCACCUUUCUUCCCUCACUCAUCAUUUGUCAACAAUAUUUCAGUAUUUUGCUCACUUUUCUCCCUCAUCUGAGUCUAAAAUGUAAGCAUUUCAAGAGAAGGGUGCGAACACUCUGUGGCAGCAUGCACCAACUAACAAAUAGGAGAUAUGUGCGCUUUGAAGGGUAAUCUUUAUUAAUGCAAUAUUUAUACUUUACGAACAACAAAGGAAUAGGAAAUGCUUUGCAAAUCUGGCACACGAGACUUCACCAAAAAAGAAAAACAUGUUCUCCUUUUAACGUGUGCAGUUCAAGUUCAACCAAAUGGAGACAAUAUUGGUUAUCGUGGUGUAUGCACAUAAAAGUUGUAGUAUGUUUGCCUGCCAUAUCAAAAAAUAUAAAAAGGGCAGCAUCUUAAGCUGCCAGGUGCUGAAUUUCUGACAUAAUCUUUAUACUUUUAUCAUAAACCAACAUCAGUGAAAAACUGAUUCAUGUGUGAAACCUCUCAAAGCCUAUACUUCUUGUACUGUUUAUUAUCUUCAAAAAAAAGGGAGUUUGUGGGUCAUUAGGGAGAAGAUGGAGAUGCAGGCCACUUUGUGGAGUAUUUAUUGAAAAAAAUCAACAACUUGGCUGCCUUAUUCCCAAAGUUUAAGGCCUUACGCCAUUGUAUAUAGUAUAAUAGUACUGUAUAUAGUAUAAUGUUGAGAUAUCCAGAGUUUCAUCCUUUCACGGCAGCUGUUACUCUCAUAUUUUAAGUUCCUUCUCUGUUCUUGUUUUGCAUUGUUAAAAGUUAGACGGGUGCUGCUCAUUUCCAUUUUUCAUAAGUCUUUUUUUUAGAUGUUUCUUGGGAAUGAAAUGGAGCUGUUGGAGGCAUUUCGUACCAGCCAUGGUACCAAUUUGUACCUGCUAGGAGGGCGUUUCAUACCCAAUUUGACAACUGAAGAGUUGAAGUGAUUUUCCAUGAUCUCCUUAUAGUUUGUAUUUGGUUAUGUAACAGCGAAAAAUACUAUUGCUUAAGCUGCAUUUCACUAUGCCUCUCUGAACCUUUUCCUACCGGGAACCUUUUAUAUUACCCUGGCCGUAUGUGGGGUGCAAUGGGUGUUGUAAGGUGCAAAACCGUGUUGUUUAUGUAAAUGACGUCCAGAAUGGCUGAAAUGUAACAAUUUAAAAGCUCCUUUUGACUUCAGGAACAUUUUUCAGAAGUUAGUGUUGUUUUCUGGGCCCAUUUUAAAGCAAUUUCAAAACAAUCCUUCUUGCCACGGGACUAUUUUAGUGUUUUAGCCCUUUUAAGCUAUAAUGCAAAAAUAAAGACAGCUAUAAACCUUCUGGAAGAUUAACACAUUUUAAUUUAAGUAAUGAGGCGUUGCUAAUGGCCAUCUACAACAUGUUUCUCAGGCUUAAUUAUUAUUUAUCUAUGAAAUUUAAAAUUUUAGAUUUGAAGUGAUUUUAAUAUAGCUCUAGUUUCAACACUUGCAGAAAUUGCUGAAAAUCAGCAGAAAUAAAAGCUUUCCCAAGCUGUUGCUUUUAUUUUUGCAACAGGAGUGCCUGCCUGUCUCACAUUUAGCUUCUGAACAAGAGCUUGGUCAGCACUCUUGCAGUAGGACAUUCCCCCUCACUGUCAGCAUACGCAAUGUGCAUGAACUGCACUGAUUUGGACUCUCACAUUGGAAAUGCAUUUCAGAAACGGCUAGGGUGAAUUAGGAGAAAAAAUAGUCCUAUAAAAAAUUUGAUUCUGGGAGAAAACAAUCAGAAUGCGCCUUUAUAGUCUGACUGUUGAUUCGGUUUUGUGACUGUAUUAAAUACUAUCUUCCAGUAGGAGGUUGCUGAAAGUAAAGUAAACUCUUCUUAGCCCCUUUGUCCCCAGAAUUUAAUUUCCUGGAACCAUUUACAUUAACCCGGCUGUUUGUUGCAUACAUUUGGAAAUCUGUGCUGUUUAUGUAAAUUAUGUGCACACUAAUUGACUAAAAUGCUUGGAGAAUAAUAAAAAAAAAUUCAGAAAUGUUUAGGAAUCUCUCGCCUCAAAGCUCCACCAUGAAUUUUCACCAAAAGAGCUACCCGGCUACCAGGGCCGUUUUCUGGGGUGAGUUCCCAGAAAACGGCCCUGAGGGGUUGGAUUUAGUUCUGGUUCCUGCAGUGGAAAUGAUGAGGGUUAAAAAAUGGCCCCAGAUCAGGGGUCAUGUUUGUUGCGAUGUCUCAUAAGCAUCAUCUGGUCCAAACAGGAAUCAGAAAUAAAAUAAAUGGAAAUAGGCGGAGAUUUCUAUGAGCAUUUCAAUGAUUCACAAAAACCCUUCACUAGCAACAGGAAUGAACAGAUAUGGUUUGUUUAUGGGAAAGAAGCGAUGAAUCGGCAACUGGUGGGUUUGAACCGAAGAACCAACUCCAUAAGGUAUCGGCUACAACCUUAUUGGUGAAAACAAAAAUUGCCACGCUGCCCUUUCAGUUGUGAGAUGUUUUCAGUUUUUUUGCACUCCCAGGCUAGAGAAUUUCAACGGCAUGGAGAAGGUUUUACAAACCAGGAGGACCAACAGGUUCUUGCAUGAGCUUCACGGAAAUAAUGUUUAUGCAGAUCCAGGCCUCAUUUUCAUGCCAAAGACGGCCCGUUUCAAGAAUCAUAAGAGAUUAUUCCACACAGAAACACUCCGCGUUUAGCAUCCACAACACAACAGGAAAGUGGGGCAGCAUCAGAGAUUUAAGAAUUAAAGCUUAAGUUGAAUCUUCUGUACAGUUUGUAAAAUAGUGAAAUGGUCACUGUCCUAUGUUUUAUAGGUAACCAUGGACCUGAAAGCAUGUUGAAACCAUCACUGCUAGCCAGGUAGGCUCUGUGAUACAGUAGGAUGCUUGCUUCAGUUUUUUGGCUAUAUUGUCAAUGUUGUAAAAGUCAUGUUUAAGCUCCAUCUGUAAAUACGAUAGAUACAUAGAGAUUUGGUGUAUCCAGACACUAUAUUAUGGCCAUUAUCCUAGCUAAGUAUGUGCCAUCGAAAAGAAAAAAAGAAGCUUAACAGAUUUAUAGUUGGCAAGAUACUGUAUGUUGUGUGUUACAUUUCUGGCUCAAUGUGUUGUAACAGUAAUGCUGUCUGGUCUCGCUUGCUGAUUUUAUUUGACUAUUAUUAUUAUUAUUUUUGGUUUUUAUACUCAAAGAUAAAUAGGUCUCUGCAGUUGCAGAAGUGAUGUGUGCUGUGAGCAGGAUCAUUAGCAUGGUAUAUUAAGAAAAAAAAAGUUGUGAUACUGUUAGCUGGUUGCAGACUUCUCUGUGACAUUGUGCUCAAAGUUUGUCAGCAGACACUGGAGGAAAAAAAAAACAACAAAAAAAAAGUUUCAACAAACUUUGGAGGUUCACGUUAUUGCACUAAAUUUUUACGACACGUGGCUUUGUCACACCUUUAUGGACAAAAAUAAUAAAUUAUGAUGGGUGCCCGCUUAGAAAAA